AUGGUGGGUCCAGAGGAAGCCUUGAAAACAUAAGAGUAUAAAGCUUAUCGUUGGCGUUGGUUAGUCUUAUUCGCAUUUUGCACAUUUACCUUCUCAAAUGCACUCGGAUUUGUCUAAUAUUCCCCUAUUCUUUCUCUUGCAGCUGAAUAUUAUGGUGUAACUGACUAGGACAUCGUGUGGUUUAGCAAUUGCUACUACAUUACAUAUGUAGUAUUUUGUCCGUUUACAAUACGUCCAUUGGAAAAGAGACUAGACUUGUCCUUAUUUCUUGCUGCCUUAGUGACAACCUUAGGCUAAUGGUUUAUCUACAUAGCUCAAUAGACCUAUUCUUUUGCUUUAGUAGGGUUUAUUUUAAUCGGGAUGGGUUAGAUUUUUAUUUUAGCAGCACCAGCAUAUAUCUCCGACAGAUGGUUCCCCAUGCAUGAAAGAACUGUAUCUACAAGUUUAGGUAGUUUUUUCAAUUUGGUUGGAUUAAAUUUUUCGAUUGUCUAUGCAUCUAUCACAUUCUAAAAUGUGACUGAUCAUGAGGAGAUAGUCGACCAAAUAGAUUUCAUGAAUUUAUUAUUUGCCAUAUUUACUUCCUUAGCCUUUAUAUUUUGUAUAACUAUGAUCAGAAACAAGCCAGCCACUCCUCCGUCAAUAUCAGCCGCAUCUGAAAAAAUGCUGAUUCUGCCAUCUUUUAAAAGAGCAUUCAGAAGUAUUGAAUCAAUAAUGGAUUUGCUAACAUUUUCCAUGUUCAUAGGUGUAUCUUGGGCCUAUAUGGUUGUGAUUGCAAUUCUUUUGGCUCCCUUCAAUUAUACCACAGAACAAAUAGGUUAUGUGAGUAUUGUUUACGCAGCCACUGGAGCAGUGGGUGGAACUCUGGCUAGUAUAUAUGUAGACUAUCAAAUAAAAAAUAACUCAAAGCCUCAUUAUGAUUAUUUAAUAAAAGGGUUUUUGACGAUAGGAGUGGCUGGGAUCUUAAUAAAAGCUUUAGUCAUCAAUUAUGUUAACGACACUGUGAUUGUUGUGCUAUCUGGGAUCAUUGGAUUUGGGUUAAAUUCCUUCCUUCCCUUGGCUUUGCAAUGCUACAUAGAGAAGUUAUUCCCUUCCUUUGAGUUAGUGUUAACCACAGCGAUAAUGCAAAUGUCAAAUUUAUUUGGUUUUAUUCUGAAUUACAUUUUGAUUCUGGAGGUGUUCCUGGAUGUCGGAUUGUGGGUCAUUUUAGUGGCAAUGGGACCAUUUUACCUGUACUUGAUGUUUGGAUAUAAGACAAAGUUCCUCCGUUUGGAAAUGGAAUAAUAAGCAGCUGCUGCUUGA